AUCAACAUAAAUAAAAAUAAAGUGUUGAGUGGUAGAUAAUCUAGAAUAAUUAGUUAUUCAGUUGUGAAAAUUAUUUCAAGUAAUUUGGAGGAAAUCAAAUCAUUCCAACAUGGGGAAACGGCAACAUCAAAAAGAUAAAAUGUAUCUAACCUACACAGAGUGGACAACACUUUAUGGAGGAAAAAAAGUUGGACAGACUUCUAAGGAAGAAGAAAACUUCAAAAGGUUGCCUUUUGAUCAUUGCUGCUUGUCUUUGCAACCAUUCGAGGUACCCUAUAGUGAUUUAGAUGGCAAUAUUUUCGACCUAGAAGCACUCAUACCAUUCAUGAAGAAGUUCAAAAUCAACCCUGUCACUGGUAAACCAUUGGACUUCAGAACUUUGUUCCAGUUGAAUUUUCGGCGUAACACAGAAGGAGACUUUGAAUGUCCUGUUCUGUUCAAACCUCUCACAAAAAGUUCACAUAUUGCUGCUAUAGCUACAACUGGCAAUGUUUACCUCAUGGAGGCAAUUGAACAGUUGAAUAUUAAGACCCGAAACUGGAAAGAUCUUAUUUCAGAUGAACCUUUUGACAGAAAAGAUAUAAUAGUACUACAGGAUCCAAACAAUUUAUCUAAAUUCAGUAUUUCCAAAUUUCAUCACAUCAAAAAUAAUCUCAGGAUAGAAACAGAAGAGGAAAUUGCUGACAAGUCUAAUCCUCAAGCUAGAUUGAAAUCAGUAAACCCUGAAACAAAGUACACUUUAGAAGAACUGAAUAGAGAUUACAAACCACCCACAAUUGAAAUAAAUAAAAAAGAAACUACAGAAAAAGCAGAUAAGUUCAAUGCUGCUCACUAUUCAACUGGAGCAGUUGCUGCAAGUUUCACUUCAACUGCUAUGGUUCCCAAGUUGGUGCAUGAAGCAGCUAUUGUUCAUGAAGAUGAAGUCAGGUAUCAAAGGGUGAAGAAAAAAGGUUAUGUUAGGCUUGUUACUAACUUGGGCAUGUUAAACUUAGAAUUAUACUGUGAAUUGGUUCCUAAGGCUUGUGAAAAUUUCAUUAAGCACUGUGAAAAUGGCUACUACAAUGGUACAAAAUUCCACAGGUCUAUUAGAAAUUUCAUGAUUCAAGGAGGGGAUCCUACUAAUACAGGAAACGGUGGUAAAUCAAUAUGGGGCAAGCCUUUUGAGGAUGAAUUUCGACUUAACUUGUCCCAUACUGGGCGAGGUGUAUUAUCAAUGGCUAAUUCUGGAAAACAUACAAAUGGUUCACAAUUUUUUAUCACAUACCGAUCCUGUAAACAUUUAAAUAAUAAGCACACGAUUUUUGGAAAGGUUGUUGGAGGAAUGGAAACUCUUUCAGAAAUGGAGAAGAUUGAGGUUGACAACAAAGAUAGGCCAAUUGAAGACAUAGUAAUUCUGAAGACACAAAUCUUUGUUAAUCCUUUUGAUGAAGCUGAUGAGCAAUUGGCAAAGGAACGACAAGAAGAACUGGAAAAACAAAAAGAACAAGAAAUAGAAAAAGUUAGGAAAGUUAAUAGCAAAAAGGAACUCAAAGUUUUCAGAAAUGGAGUUGGCAAGUAUCUAGAUAUAAAUGCUACCAAAAGUGUUGAGCUACCAACUGAUCUGGAGCAGAGUAGUAAAAAGAAGCAAAAAACUUUCAACAGUUUCAAUUUCAAUAAUUGGUGAUUUUUAGCUACUAGAAUAACAUAAAAUUAUUUAUCAUUGAAACAUUUAUUGAAUAAAUCUUUAUAUUGAGUAUGUAAGAUAUUUA